CAUUCAUUUUAAAAAAUAGAUAAUCGGUUGAUUUGGAAAUCGUAAUAAAAUUUACCUGGUGAACAUUAUUUUUUUAAAUUGCUGUUUAAACAACGGUUACAAUUUCAUAGACUGUUUCCUUAAUCAAUGUUUAACCGACUGUCGGUGAACUCCAACCCAAUCAGCAAGCGUCAGGAAUCUCUGGCACAUUUUCGUGACGAGCUCUCGAACUAUUAGAAUGUGUGUACCCAGACCGCGGCCAGUUCGCGGUGGGCUCCCUGUCGCAGUACCUGGGCUGCGCGGCGGCGGGGUACCGCGCGCUGCCCCCCGCGCCCGCCGCCUGCCUCGGCGCCGCCCAGCGCGAGCCCGCCACCGCCCCCUCGCCCUCCCCCUCCCCCGCGCACGCCGCCGCGCCCGCCCGCGCCCCGCCCGCCCCACACAAGGUAACUGUACCCGCGUACCGACGUCAUCUCCACCGCCUAACUCUCUAGCCUUAAUAGGGAUGAUGACUAAUUUUUGUUUGUUUGUCCGUCAGGUAGAGUGUUUAAAAAAUAUUAAACACGUAUUUUUUUCGUAAUCAUAAAAUUACGGCGUUACAUGGAGUUGAAAUUUCGCAUGACGUCACGUUAGAGUACGUUUUCUACUCAACUGUGACGUAGCGAGCCCCCACUCCUCAACUUUAAUGCCUGUUAUCUAAGCUAUUCCUUGUUAAAUUGAAGUAAAAAAAAAAUACGUGUCUAACAUUUUUCUAUUAUCUGACUGACGGACUAAAUAGAAUUGCAUUUUUUUUACCCAGUCAUCAUCCCUAUUCUAGCCAUCGUUUAAUUAUUCUGUAUCGUUGGUUCGUCGAUCCCAAACUAGAUUUCAAAGUAGUAAAAUACGACAUCUUAUCCAUGUUGUGAGGCUAGAGAGUUAGGCGGUCGCACUCCUGAUUUCCGAACUAUACUUUCGAUCUGGAUAUACAUAAUAUAUCCGUUUUCUUCAAUAGAAAGAUAAGAGUUUCUACUCCGAGCCGGAGUCGAGCGGUUCCGCUUCAUCGUCGUCGUCGUCUACCAGUUCCAGCGGCUCAGAAGAAUCUUCAGAAGAGUAUGACAUUUAUCAUAUUUUACGUAGAGCAUAUUUGAAUUCAUAAACAGACUUUAUAAUGUAUAUUGACUCCAGGUCGAUAUUAAUUUAUUAUCUUUCAAAUUAUACUCGAUAUUUGUAAUUAUUAUAUAUUUUUGAUAUUUGUAAGACAUUAUUUCUACGACAGAGAAGAGAGCGCAAACGAAGAGAAAAAGGAACAGAAAUCGAAGCAGACCAACAACUGUAGGUCGUCCGAUUCCGGCACCUCGGACAGCGAGUCGGACAGUGACUCGUCCGAAUCGGACAGCGGGUCGGACGGCAGUGAACGAGACAGCAGCACUGAUGAUACAUCCAACAAGAAUGAUAGGAAACUUAACAAUAAUAAAAAGGUCAAUUAAAAUAGUUUUUCGCAAUACUUGUAUUUUUGUAGUGACAAUAGGGAUUAUGUAUCUGAUUGAAAAAAGGGUUAAACAUAUCAUGAACAUGACUGGUUUAAAAUAAUGUCUGUGUAAAUAUGUUUUUAUAUUAUUUCAAUAUCUUCAAGAAAAUUAUUAUAAAAAAUAAAAACAUGCGGUAUAUACUCAAACGCAAUGCCAUUGGUUAGAGCAGAUGUGAAGACGAAGUCUACUUAAAGGUAUACCGGUAUUACAAAGUCAACUUCGAUGCAAGAAAAUGUUUUUGGCAUUUAUGCUUAUUUAGCCAAUUUGAUGAAAAUAUUAAUAAUUAAAGUGUUUAUAAUAUUUUUAGAAAAAUUUAUUAGUUGUUGAUCGAUUGGUCAAAAUCUGAUUUAGAAAGUUACUAUAUUUAAUAGACAUUGUUGUCACGACAAGCGCGCCAAUAAUUUAGUGCUGGGUGUUGUUACUAAUUUCAUAAUAUAUUUUUGUUACUAUAUUGGUUUUCGGCACCGGGGUUUCUUUAAAAAAAUAUACAAUGAUAUAGAUUUUGUCAUAUACAUUUGUUUUUUAAUUGUGCAUAUAUUUCCUAUUAACAAUCAAUUGAGUGAGUGAAUGUAAGUCACUUGAAUACCAGGUGUUUUGUUUAUCACAUUACAAAAAAAAGUUGUUGUUUUUUUUCACAAUAAGUUACCGUCCGUCGGUGUCUGUGUCUUAUUGACAGACAUUGACAUAUAUCUGUUAGCUUUGACGUUCUAGUAAAGCAUUUCCAGCAGAUAUGCACCGACCCUAAAUUGAAUGAAUUAUCUAAAAAUUCCAAUGUAAUGUUUUAUAAUGAAGAAGUCUUAUGUUCGCAGGAGAUAUCAGUGCAACCUUUGGAGACAUCAAAGAAGAGCAAUGACAAAUCUAAUCUAGAACUGCUCCUAGAGCUGGAGGAGGCCGCCAGUAGUCUGCCCACCAUGACGCCCACUUGCGGCGGGCUCAUCUCUCCGCCCACCACCCCGCACGAUGGCGAGGGCAUAACGCCGGUGGGCGGGUCGCUGGUGCCGGGCGUGUGGCACGAGUUGGCGUCACGCGCCGUGUGGGGGGGGGUGGGGGCGCGGUACUGUUGGCCGCGCGUCCCGCAUCUCUACUCCAGGAGUAUGUGCACGGUGCAUAUACAGUUCAACAACUACGGACAAAAUGACGUCACCAAUAUAAGGAUACAUAAAAAGACGUUGACGGGUACGCGUGCUAUACACGACUUCGCGCCGAUACAACUAGUGGCGGCCGGCGGCUCCGCCUCCGCAGUGCUCGGCGUAGACUUCGCGGACACCAUACAACCUAUAGAAUUCACCAUCGCUUGCUCAGUGGGUGAAGUACCGGUGUCAAUAACUCCACCGGUGGGUGAGCUGAUGCGCGCCGUCACCAUGUCUCCCUCGCGCUGGGACGCCGAGCACAAGAAACUUAGAGGCAUGACCGAGUGCAAUAAAAAAGCGGUCAAACUAGAAGAUGAAGCCGCCACGUGCCAAAGAGUAUUCGAAACUGCUAAUCUCGGACCUGUCACGGCGACUGGUGAUCUACUAAGAUUCUCUGGUCGAAUGUUGACGUCACAAGAUCUCGUGUUGUUAUCAGUGAAGAUAGAGGAUGAUGCGACAGUCGUAACCGCGAACUGUUCAAAUAUGGCCAUAGCAUCGCUUCUAGCCAACCAGGUUGCCCAAGCGUUCGCUAAAUCCUGAGACACAUUCCACUGCAACAGGAUCAUCUUUUAAAGACAAAGUCAGUAAAGUCGAAAGUGCUACUGAUAUUUCUUA